AUGAAUACACUAUAUCCCAUGCAGCCAAACACCGUUCAUGGAAAAGUCAGGAAAUCUUUCACGUCCAGAAAGUCUUCGACAAGGAAACAUCUUAGAGAUUCGAAACAGAAUAAAGAAAACAAUAUGGGUUUGAAUGUUUCUGAACUCUUUAACGUUUCUCCUCCUUUAAAACAAGAGGAGGAUUUAAUUCUUGAAGAAACAAAAAUUAACAACGUUGAAAACGUUGAAGACGAGCCUUUGUUGAAACCAAACCCUCGAAGAUUUGUUUUAUUCCCUAUCCAAUAUCAUGAUAUCUGGCAAAUGUAUAAGAAGGCUGAAGCCUCAUUUUGGACUGUCGAAGAAGUCGACCUCUCAAAAGACAUGAACGAUUGGGAAUAUAAACUUAAUGACGAUGAAAGAUAUUUUAUCUCUCAUGUUUUGGCUUUCUUCGCCGCUUCCGACGGUAUUGUUAAUGAGAAUUUAGUAGAACGUUUUAGCAACGAAGUUCAAAUUCCGGAAGCAAGAUGUUUUUAUGGAUUUCAAAUCAUGAUCGAAAAUAUCCAUUCAGAAAUGUAUUCCCUUUUGAUUGAUUCUUAUAUCAAGGAUCCUGCACAAAGAGAUUAUUUAUUCGAUGCUAUUGAGACUAUACCUUGCAUUCGAAAGAAAGCAGAAUGGGCUCUCAAAUGGAUUUCAGACCAAAAAUCGUCAUUUGCUGAACGUUUAAUCGCUUUUGCUGCCGUAGAAGGAAUUUUCUUUUCUGGUGCUUUUGCGUCAAUCUUCUGGCUCAAAAAACGAGGAAUGAUGCCGGGAUUAACAUUUUCUAACGAAUUAAUAUCUCGUGACGAAGGACUUCAUUGCGAUUUUGCUUGUUUACUUUUCACCCAUUUAUAUAAUCGACCAUCAACACAAACUGUUGAAGCUAUUAUUACUGAAGCUGUAAAGAUCGAACAAGAAUUCUUAACCGAAGCUUUACCCGUAAACUUAAUCGGAAUGAACGCGACAUUAAUGAAAUUAUAUAUUGAAUUCGUAGCAGACCGUUUACUGGUAGCUCUCGGUUGUGAAAAGUAUUAUAAAACUGAAAAUCCAUUUGAUUUUAUGGAUUUAAUUUCUUUGCAAGGUAAAACUAAUUUCUUUGAGAAGCGUGUAUCAGAUUAUCAAAAAGCAGGUGUUAUGAAGGUUAAGCCUAAAAAGC